AUGGAGAGUCGGGGCGGUGGCGUGGAUCAUGGCGUGAAAACGCCGUUGUUGUCGCCGAGUCUCGGCGACAAGACUGGUCAGGACAAUCGGAAUGGUGCACGUGCGGAAGUGAAUGGCGCCGAUGACUUCAACAACAACUGUGUUUCGGCUCUGAGGCGCGAGUUCUACUUGAGAUUGCCAGACAAGGUCCGGUCUGGGCUUGACCCCGAGUCUCCCUUCCAUCUCGACCUUUCCAAGACCACUGGCUUGAUUGAAGGGGAGAAGGAGUACUAUGAGAGACAGUUUGCCACGUUGAGGUCAUUCGAAGAGGUCGAGUCUCUUGAAUCGCCUCAUAUCGUCGAUGAAGAUCAGAGCAGCAAACUGCAAGCUGAACAUGAAAGAGCUAUGAAAAUAUCAAAUUGGGCCAAUGUGUUCUUGCUUGUGUUCAAGAUAUAUGCCACGAUAAAGAGUGGGUCCAUAGCCAUUGCAGCAUCAACCCUAGAUUCGUUGCUGGAUCUAAUGGCCGGUGGUAUCCUCUGGUUCACGCACCUGUCGAUGGAAACGGUAGACAAAUACAAGUAUCCUAUCGGGAAACUUCGGGUACAGCCGGUAGGCAUUAUCAUCUUCGCCGCUGUCAUGGCCACUCUAGGAUUUCAAGUGCUUGUCCAAGCCGUCGAGCAACUUAUCAGAAACCAUUCUUCCGAAAGGAUGACAUCAGAGCAGUUAGUGUGGUUGUACACCAUUAUGCUGACGGCAACCGGAGUGAAGCUCAUGCUUUGGAUCUACUGCAGGAGUUCGGGGAACACGAUAGUCCGCGCGUAUGCAAAGGAUCAUUACUUUGAUGUGGUGACAAAUGUGGUGGGUUUAGUUGCUGCUGUUCUUGGGGAUAAGUUCUUUUGGUGGAUCGACCCAUUUGGCGCCGUAGUCCUCGCUGUUUAUACAAUUUCGAAUUGGUCCGGCACAGUUCUGGAAAAUGCCGUGUCUCUUGUUGGGCAAUCAGCUCCACCUGAAGUCUUGCAGAAACUGACAUACCUUGCCCUCAGACACCAUCCUCAAAUUAAACGCGUCGACACAGUUCGUGCAUACACCUUUGGUGUCCUUUACUUUGUUGAGGUAGAUAUUGAGCUGUCCGAAGAUUUACCGCUGAAAGAAGCGCAUGAAAUCGGAGAAUCAUUGCAAAUCAGGAUUGAGGAGCUCCCUGAAGUGGAAAGAGCCUUCGUUCAUCUAGAUUUCGAGUGCGAGCACAAGCCGGAGCAUUCCGUGCUCAGCAGGCUCCCAUAUAACCAGCACUGACAACUCCUACAAACGAACUGGUCUUUCAUCAUUUGGAUUCU